AGGCUCUGAGUCUCCCAGGCUGCAGGCGGAUGGAUGGGGCUUCUUCAGGCGGUGGCGGUAGUAGCGAAGGUGGAGGCGGCAGCGGCGGCAGCGGCUAUGGUGUGGUGGCGCGAUUCUCCCAGUGCCUGGCUGAGUUUCGGACGUGGUUAAGAACCAACUGGUUGAGAUUCAAUGCAGACAAGACGGAUGUGAUGCUGAAAAUGUGCAUCAGAUGUUUAUAUUUAAUUGGUUUACAGACUGUCUGUGGACUCUUUUCCUGUCAAAUUACCAGCCAUCUGUUGAGUCUUCAAGUCCAGUUAUGCUUAAUUUGGUUUACCAAACUUUUAAUAUAUUCUUUACCAGGAGGUUCAGCAGCAUCAGAUGACCAUGAAUUUGAUCCAUCAGCUGACAUGCUGGUUCAUGAUUUUGAUGAUGAACGAACAUUAGAAGAGGAAGAAAUGAUGGAAGGAGAAACAAACUUCAAUUCUGAAAUAGAGGAUCUUGCAAGGGAAGGCGACAUGCCAAUUCAUGAACUUCUCAGCCUUUAUGGUUAUGAUAGUUCUGUUCGACUGCAUGAAGAAGAAGAUGAGGAGGAGGAAGAGGAGGAAGAGGUUGAAGAUGAAGAAGAUGGUGAUAAUGAUGACAACAGUGGCUGUAGUGGGGAAAAUAAAGAAGAGAAUACAAAGGAUUCAUCAGGACAAGAGGAUGAAACUCAGUCUUCCAAUGAUGAUCCAUCUCAAUCUGUUGCUUCUCAAGAUGCCCAUGAAGUAAUCCGCCCACGCCGAUGUAAAUAUUUUGAUACGAAUAGUGAAAUAGAAGAAGAAUCCGAGGAAGACGAAGAUUAUAUUCCAUCAGAAGACUGGAAAAAGGAGAUUAUGGUGGGCUCCAUGUUUCAAGCAGAGAUUCCAGUUGGCAUUUGUAGAUAUAAAGAAAAUGAAAAAGUAUAUGAAAACGAUGAUCAGCUCCUGUGGGACCCUGAGUAUUUACCAGAAGAUAAAGUGAUUGCAUUUCUUAAGGAUGCCUCUAGAAGAACAGGUGAUGAAAAAGGUGUCGAAGCAAUUCCUGAAGGGUCUCAUAUAAAAGACAAUGAGCAGGCUUUAUAUGAACUGGUUAAAUGCAAUUUUGAUACAGAAGAAGCACUGCGAAGAUUAAGAUUUAAUGUAAAAGCAGCUAGAGAGGAAUUGUCUGUUUGGACAGAGGAAGAAUGUAGAAACUUUGAACAAGGUUUGAAGGCUUAUGGAAAGGAUUUUCAUUUGAUUCAGGCUAAUAAAGUUCGAACAAGGUCAGUUGGUGAAUGUGUAGCAUUCUAUUACAUGUGGAAAAAAUCAGAACGUUAUGAUUUCUUUGCUCAGCAAACGCGGUUUGGAAAGAAGAAAUAUAAUCUUCAUCCUGGUGUAACGGAUUACAUGGAUCGGCUUCUAGAUGAAAGUGAAAGUGCUGCUUCCAGUCGAGCACCAUCCCCCCCUCCAACUGCCUCAAACAGUAGUAACAGCCAGUCCGAGAAAGAGGAUGGCACGAUAAGCAAUAGUAAUCAAAAUGGUGUCUCAUCUAAUGGACCAGGUGAAAUAUUAAACAAAGAAGACGUAAAAGUUGAAGGAUCACACAUUAAUGGACCAACCAGUGGAAGUAAAAGGCCACUUCAUACAGAUAUGGAUACUAAUGGUUAUGAAACAGAUAACCUUACCAUUGACCCAAAGCUUGCCCAUAUGACUGCAAGAAAUGAGAAUGAUUUUGAUGAAAAAAGUGAGAGACCUGCUAAAAGGCGAAGGGUAAACAGCAAUGGGAAAGAAAGUCCAGGUUCUUCUGAAUUUUUCCAGGAAGCAAGCUCGCAUGGGAGAUUGGAGGAACUUGAAAACGUAGAUGACUAAAUUUUUGACCUAUUUUACUUUCUUUGGAGUAAAUCCUGAUGUGACAAAAAUUUUCAGGGUUGAUGGGUUACCUUAAAGUUAAUUUCCUUGAAACAGCUGUUUAAAAUUUGAAUUAAGCCUAACUUUAGGAAAUAAGAUUUCAUAAUUGUCUUUUGCCGAUUUUUUUUUUUUACUUUAAAACUAUCAAAGAACCUUUAAGGCUAUAACAAAUACUUAAGUAAAUUUGAAUUUUAAAUGUACCUUUGCACUUGCUGUACUAAUUGUAUAAAAUUUAACUUGGCAAGGUACUUUUUGAGUAAUUUCAUGAAGCGGGGGAAAAACCUUACCUUCAGAUUUUUACUUAACAGUUUUUCUGAGUUUCUUGACUUAAAUUAGACACCUUUUCUCACCAUACAAAUUGAGUGCCCUCAUUAAGGGAAACCCUUGUGAAUCCUGAAAGUUAUGCUAGCAUGAUUUUUUUAUAUUAUAGAAGUUUAAAAAUAAACCAAGUCAGGUUUGUAUAUGUAAAAUUGUUGACAUCAAUGAUGUCUUUCCAUAUUCUUAUCUGGGCUUAAGAAAUACAUUCUGUAUUUUUCCAGAUUCUUUGUAGCCUUUGAAAGAUUUUUACAGUACAUAUGUCUUGACUGAGCUGUCCUUUCUUAAUACAAAAGCUUGUAUAAUUUUCUUAACUUGUACAGUUGGUCAACUUUUAUGCAAGCAAUUGAUAUUCUAAGUCUGUCAGCUUUCAUUUUAUUUUGCUAAGGUUUUUCUAACGAAUUUUUAAGUGUUUGUGUAGUAACUUAAGUCAUAUUUCUUAUCCAGGUGGACACAUUCAAAAGAUUUGUGAAAAAAAAUUUUUUUCCUCCAAAUUUCUACUUUAGAAGACACAGUUUAAGAAUUCUGAAAUUAAGCAUGAUUGUAGAGUUUGUUUUACAUUUGCUAUAAUUUUCAGUUAUUUUUGAAGCAAGACGAGUUUAAUGCCAGCUUAAGUGUUUGAAUGUAUCAUGCUGACCAGAAUUCUGUUAAUUUAUUUUUAUAUCAUAAAAAAUUUCCAUUUUUGCAUUAAACGGGAAAAGGUCAAGCAAGUGAGACUUAGAUAUUGGCACCCACAAGGAGUAAACAUUGGCAGGCAACAAUAUUGAUUUCAUGUAAAGUAAGGAAUUUAGAAAUUUUUUCCAACCUUUUCAGGUACAAUCCUAUUUUUCAGAAUUGAUAGUUUAUUUCAAAAAUUUAGGUCUAAAGUCUUUAUAAGUACAAAUUUUAAAAGAAUUAUAAGUUGCACAACAUCCAUUGCUAUGUUUGGUUACAAAUUGGAUUAUUUAUUAGUGUAGCCUUGCAAGAGUGCCAUUUUAUUUUUAGUGCAAAACCUUAUUAAAAAAUGUAGUUUUAUACAGCUGAUAGACCAACCUAUAUCUGAACUUUUAUAAAAGAUUAACUAUUCUUGUUUUUAUCACACAGACAUACACCAAAUGCUUCUCUAUCUGUUCAUCUUUUCAGCCAUCAGUUCAAGAGCCAUUGCCUUUUUAAGAGAAAACUUCUGUGGUUUGUUUUUAAUGGCUCACCUAAUACGAUUGAAUGAGCUUGCACUGCGAAAUUAUGGUUUAGGCAUUAGCCCCAGGAAGUAUUACUACUCAGAUAGGUUCAAACCGCUUCCCUUCACUGAUGUGAACAACUUAUUUUCCCCAAACAGUGUUAAGAGCCACUUUGCAACACUUCAUACAAUGUACAUUCACUUAUCCAAGUAAAUCAAAGUUUUGGGUGAAAGUGUUGAAAAGCUGUUUUUUGUUUUGUUUUGUAUUGCUUAAAAUGUUAAUUUAUCCAGAAUGGCAGUAGUUUUAGCAGAUUAUCACAAUCCAUUUUUGAAAUCAAAUGUCAAAUUUUAUGGAAAUCCAAAGUAUCCUAUCUCUGUAUCAAAGAUGGUGUGUCGAAAUGUUUCAAAAGGAUGCUGGUGCUGUGCUCUUCAGACUGUUGCAAUAUAAGAGAUGCCAUUUUCACGUUAUUUAAAAGAUGCAUUUCGUUUGCUGGUUUAUGAACUUCUUGCAAACAUUACAAAAAUAUUUCUAGUCAAUGCUCAGGCAAGUUUGCAAAUAAGGCACAGGUGUACAUGUUGAGAAGUUUUGCUUUUGAAAGUAUGCCUAAUGAAGGACAUUCCACUGUGAUAUUACACAAUGCCCAGAUUAUCAAAUAUUCAUUAGCAUUUUGUGUUUAUACAGGUAUUUCCUACAGUAAUUUGUUCUCCAUAAUGCAACCACUACACCUUGAUAGGGCAUCACACUAUAAAACUGCAGUAAUACCAUGAGUUUAAUUUGCUUAAGAUUUAGUAUAUGUCAUAACUCUUGAUGAACUGGGAAAAGAAGACUUUGUUAAUAGUUCAUCUCCCUCACCCCCAAUUCUAUCCCCAGCAGAGCACCAUCAUUUUCCUUUGGAAUGGUCCUGAUGUGUCUUCAAAUGGAGUACAGAACCUGCAAUUCAGUUCAACACACAUCUGUUGAGCUUUAAAAUAUAUUUGAACUAAUAUUUAAUAGACAUUUAAAAUUAUGAAUUAGAUGUUUAAAAUUUAUGCAUAGUACUUUUGCACUGUAAGAUAAUGCCCUCCCAUCUCCUUUUUUUGCCAUUCUGAAUAUGCUUAUUAAAAUAUUUUAAAAAUAUAUUUGUCUUCACAAUGCUGUCUGAAUGAUUUUCAUUAGAUUUAUUGAAUAGAUUUUUAAUUAUAGAUUUUAAGUUAGUAUGAUGAACAUUGUUUACAAUGCAAGCAUAUAACCUCUUUUAAAAGUCAUAAACAUAUUGCAUGAAGUUAUUUUUCAGUGGUUUCUGGCCCCAUUUUACCAAUCUUGGGUGAUAUUUUUUGUCUUGUUUUUCUUUGACCCCUCCUACCACCUGGUCCAGAGAGAUCACUUAGUCUGUGUACCUCUAUUCACCUUGUUUUUCUUCCCCUGGACUCUAUUAAAAAUAAAUGGUUUGUUAAUUUUG